ACCAUGUCGCUCGCACACGCAGCUGCAGAAUACAUGCUGUCAGAUGCCUUGCUGCCGGACCGCAGAGGCCCCCGCCUCAAAGGACUGCGCCUGGAACUUCCCCUGGACCGAAUGGUCAAGUUCAUAGCUGUGGGCUUCCCCUUGUUGCUGAUGUCUCUGGCCUUCGCCCAAGAGUUCUCCGCCGGGCCUCCCAUCCGCUGCUUCUCUCCCAGUAACUUCACCAUCCGGCAGGCCGCCUACGUGGACAGUUCCUGCUGGGACUCACUCGUCCACCAUGAACCGGACGAGCUUGGCCCGCACAAGAUGAAGUCCCUGUGGCCUCACAAGGCCCUCCCCUACUCCCUGCUGGCCCUGGCGGUGGCCAUGUACCUGCCGGUCCUGCUGUGGCAGUAUGCGGCCGCGCCGGCCCUCAGCUCGGACCUGCUCUUCAUCAUCAGCGAACUGGACAAAUCCUACAAUCGCUCCAUCCGCCUGGUCCAGCACAUGCUGAAGAUCCGGCAGAACAGCUCGGACCCCCACGUUUUCUGGGAUGAGCUGGAGAAGGCUCGGAAAGAACGAUACUUUGAAUUCCCCUUGCUAGAGCGGUACCUGGCAUGUAAGCAGCGCUCACAUUUCCUAGUGGCUGCCUACCUGCUGAGGAACUCACUCUUGCUCCUCUUCACCUCAGUCAUCUACCUGUACCUUGGCCACUUCCACCUGGAUGUCUUCUUCCAAGAGGAAUUCAGCUGUUCCGUCAAGACAGGGCUGCUAGGUGAUGAGACCCACAUGCCCCAUCUGAUCACGUGCAGGCUGACCUCUCUGUCGGUCUUGCAAAUUGUUAGUCUCUCCAGUUUAACAAUAUACACGCUGUUGGUUCCAGUGAUAAUAUACAACCUCACACGACUGUGUCGGUGGGACAAACGACUCCUCUCCAUCUACGAGAUGCUCCCAGCUUUUGAUCUCCUGAGCAGAAAGAUGCUGGGAUGCCCCAUUAAUGACCUCAAUGUGAUCCUUCUUUUCCUCCGAGCCAACAUCUCUGAGCUCAUCUCUUUUAGCUGGUUGAGUGUCUUAUGUGUUUUGAAGGACAUGACCACCGAGAAGCACAACAUUGACACAGUGGUCGAUUUCAUGACAUUAUUGGCUGGCUUAGAACCCUCAAAACCUAAACAUCUCACCCACAGAAUAGGUGAUGAAAACCCAUAG